AUGAUGGCCGCGGAUAAAAUUUGCUGUGUUUCAGGAUGUACUAAAAGCCGUACUGUUGCUAAAAGGCCACCCUUAGCUGAAGUAACAAAUAAAAAUAAUACUCUUAAAACAAGCAAUACACAAGAAAUUGCCUCAACAUCAAGUUAUGUGCAAGUGACAACUACUGCUCUAACAUCCAGCUUGAAGGUGACUAAGCCCAAAAGGACUCAAUUUAGUACAAGAAUUCCUGUGUUAAAAAAGAAACUUAAAAGCUUGAAUAUAGCAAAUGAGAAAUAUACAAAAAGAUUGAAAGAAGGCAAUGAAUCUAUCAGUAAAUACUACUUUCUUGAAAGCAAUUUAAAGGAUUACCUCAAUGGCAACAAUUUUUACGAUGCUCCAAUUUCGGGAAUGUGGUAA